AUGAGGAAGAAAGCUAGGUCAUCAAAGCCUAUUUCUGAGACGCCUAAGAUGAGCUGUCCUAUUUGUGAUGAGGGUUUCAUGCAUCAGGAAUGUAAGACUUAUCACUGCGAAGACGUCCACAGCAAAAGUGGCGCUAACAGAAAAGCUGAGGAAUACACUGCUUUGGUGCUGACAUUUGAUACGACUGACGAAUUCGAGCAGAGGACAAUCCAAGACAGAGGACGAAAAUGUGUGUUGGAGGUGGCCGAUGACCCAACUGGACGAGUAUUUUAUGGAACGACGAUCACACCAAUACAGUUGAAAUGGUUUGGAAAAUUUUCGCCACGUAGAAUUGCGGUUGACAAUAUCCACAACGAAGAUUUUAGCAACCUUCUUCUCGUCGCUGGCCUUACUUCGUUUGAGUCACGCUUCCCCGUAAUACUCGCAUUUCUCGAAAGAGAUGACCUCGCCUACUCAGCAUACUCACUGUCUAUCCCUCACUUCUGUCUUCCUUCACAACAAACGAAUAAGAGUUUGAAGGCUACAGAACAACAAAUUGUUUGUUAUCAAGAAUCUUCAACCCGGACACACGUUCCUGAACCUCAAACGAUUGUGAAGUGA